UCUAAAACUGUAAAUUUUAAACAUGAUUUUAAAGACUUUAGUCGAUUGCGCUUAGCGUGCGUGUACGCGUGAGAAGCAGGCGGGAAGUGAAAAAAGAAAAGAAACGUUGACGACGCUGCUGCUGGUUCUAGACGAGUAGGGAACGUAUGAGCGACAGAGUAACGUUGAGCACAUAGUGGCUGAGGUGCGAUGCAAAGAGAUAAGAGAUCGGAUAAGCGUCGAAGCACACUCUGUGGAAACUAUAUGCAGAACGCAUGAACCGUACAUAGUAGAUGAGUUGCGAUGAGUGCGGUGAUGCGAUGGAGCUGCUUCGACGCAUGUGAUCGCAAGAGAACGCAAGAGAAUGCUUGUCGGGUAUGGAUUUUAUGAUUGCGCUCGUUGUGUAUGUAAAGCAAUGCGGAUUUAAUGUGCUGGGAAUGCUAGUGGGUAAUAUAAAAUGCGUUAAUAUGUUGUUGUUUUUAAACAUAAGUCAAUGCUUUUUCACAUGACAUGCAUUUUGAUGGACCAGACGUAAUAAAAAUUUAUCAUAUUGUCUAUCGAUCACUAUGUACAAUAACAUAUUUUAUUGCAUAUAAAAUAGGGUAACGGUUGAAUUUUGGACCCCUAGAGGUCAUUGGUUCGAAUUUAAUUCAAAAUCAAACAGAUUCAGAGGGUAUUUACACAUAAUGAUGAUGUUAGUAUGUUCGUUAAAGUCUCUACUGUGCGUUAAAAAUACCCACAUUUCUGGCUGAAAAUUUGGUGAAAAUAACUGAUUUUUGAAGCAUCAGUUGUCACUGUUUUGGACACCCCAAUAUAUUAUGGACCUUCUUCAGUAUAUAUUUUGGACACCCGGUGUUUAAACUCGUUUGAAACUAUUUUGGAAGAAUUUGCCGCUUGAAUAUGCUGGAUCAUAUCCUAAUUACUUGAUUGACAAAGGCUGAUUAGACGAACUUUGCGAAUUUAAUGCGCUAGAAUGAUAAACGUUUUUGUUUACAUCUGCAAGUUUCCUCAGCACCGCAAUCUCUUUUUGUAAACAUGAUGCGACACUCGCUCGGAUGACGAGAUUGGCAAAAAAUAAUUUCAAGGCAAAUUAUGAUAUUUCCAGUGAGGAAAUGAUUACUGCCCGUGCAGAGCGAUCUUAUUUAGCGAAUGAUUCUAAAAAAAUUCGUCAUCUCAUCAUUUAACCUGUGUAAGUUGUGAUAAAACGACACAGGGGGUCCAAAAUAUAUGGGGGUCCAAAUUAUAUUGGUUACCCUAGUAUUCCAUCAAAUCGUUUAAGUUUUUUUUACAGCAAAAUUUUGUUAUUAUAUGUGUAUAAGAAAACAUUUUAUUUUCUCUGUUCGGGAUUUGAAUCAAGUGAUCAAUGUUUGAUAUGGUCGUUUGUUCAGUGCAUGUUAUUCAUGUGCAAGUUAGAAGGUUUUAUGGUAUUCAACUUAAUUGCUAAAAGAAUGCUGAUUGAAAAGUUCUGCCUUUUUCUUUGUCAAGCAAAACUAGAUCCCUUAACGAAAAUAGUGUGACAUCAAUUUCGAUUGAUAUUCUUUUACCCAGGCCCCUGACACGGCCUAUAUCAAUGCAUUGGAAUCAUGGUAGACAGGAUGUCCUGGGCGCUAGUAAAUAGCGCCCACUGUCAAAUGCGAAAACAACAACAAUUUUUUGUUUAACGUUUAUUUUAAUUUGUUGAUCAGUUUUUGGAAUCAUUUUUCCACCUCUUAUGAUCACAAAACACUUCAAACUCGCUUUAAUAUUAAUGUACGGUAAGAGGAGCAUGCGAUUAGUUGAACAAAGCAACCCAACAAACACGCAUUAUGAAUGUGAUUUCGUGUGUGGCUCACAACAUCAAACAAAAGCUGCGUUUGUUGAUUACACGCUCGUUUCAAUUUCCACGAAUAUGAGUAUAAGGCAGUUAGAUGUUAGCUACGAUACAUUUCAUUGCUGCCAGGGGCCUGCUUUUACCUAAUAAAAGGACUGUAUCGUUAAUUAUGAGUACACCUGAAAGUUACUGUAUCUGAAAAUGUUUUAUUUGUUUUGUAAAUUAAAUUCAAUUACAUUGUUUAUUGACCAUCAGAAAAGCCCAUGGUAUCAUUUUGUAUUUAAUUUUUCGUGAAUCUUGCCAGCUCUCGCACCUUCUUCUUGAAGUUCUUCAUAAGGUUUUGGACAACCAUUCCGUCGAUGGUUUUGCUUGGGUUGGCCCAGUUUUUCUUGAAUUUGAUGACGUCCUCUGCUCCUCUAUCCUUUUGCCGUAGUUUCCCUUUCAUCAAAGCCAAAUACUUCUAUAUGUGCCUAAUUUGCGGGCAAUUUGAAGGGUUCAUUGUUUUUUCCACAAAUUGGAUAUUGCUUUCUUCAUACCAGUCAAAGGUGUCACGCGCAUAGUGGCAGGAUGCCAAAUCCGGCCAAAAUAAUAUUGGACCUUUGUGCUUUCAGAUAAAUGGCAGAAUUAGUUUCUGUAGUUAUUUCUUCCGAAAUAUUUCGACGUUCAUACUUGGGACGGUGAAGAAAGGUCACGAUUUCAUACCUUUUUGACAAAUUGCUUGUCAAACCAACACAUUUUUUCCAAAUUUUUCGCAAUAAAUCGACUUCUCCGAGUUCUGAACAUCCAUGCCCUACUUUACAGUGAGAAAGUGUGCCUCUAGAAGUUCCUUGUAGUCCAAUUUAACAUGCGUUUCAUCAUCCAUGAUUAUGCACAAGUAAUGUUUGCUCAAAAUAUCGUCGUACAGUUUCCAAGCCCGAGUUUUCACAUAAUCCGCCAGAAUUUGACUGUUUUUUUGGACAUUUCUGUUUUGGGUAAGUCUUCAGGGAAUUACGCUCCUUGGCGCGCUGAACCAUACCAAUAGUCGUUCCACACUUUUUUGCGCAAUCUAUGAUGAAUACCUCCUUUUUUUCUUUUGAAGAUUUUGCAAAUUUUUCUGUCCAAAUUUGACUUGGACGCACCUGGGGCCUGUAGCAUAAUGAAAAUUUUACUAAUAAUAUUAGUCUUGUAGCUUGUAACUUAAAAUUUUCUGUUGCAUAAAAAUACUACAAGUACAAGUUACAAGUCCAAUACUACAAGUCGGUUGGACUAAUAUUAUUAGUAGAAUUUACAAGUGUAUGUUGCAUAAACAAACUACAAGUAUAAAAUAUUAGCUAUGACUUGUACUUUUGAUUACAAGUCUCAAAGGUCUUGUAAAAGAAUUUACAAGUUAGAUUUAAAGUAUUGCAGAAGUCAUAUUUAGUUUUGAAUAUAUCGAUUUACCAUUUUGAUGAACUCAAAAGAUAUUAUUUCUCUAACAUGUCAACCUUAAUACCAGUUUUUGACGAUUAAAUUUGGCAGUAUGUAUUCGAAACUCAUUGAAGAGAAAAUUGCGUUUAUGUACACUUUGUAUCCAAAAUAUAAUUUCUGCUGUCUCUUAAGUUCUAAAAAGUUUCAACAUGUACCCAUCUUUGAUUGGAGGUUAUAGUCACUGCAUAAGCACAGGUAAAGUUGCAGAUCCGAAAUAAAUUUGAAUCAAUUGCUUGGAUUGUGCAUCAUUAAGCUAAUCAAGUGCUACAAUAUACAUACACUAACUUAAAUCGAGUUGCGACAUAUAAAAGUAGGUAAAAGCUCAAUUUUUGCAUCCCAUAUCACUUCGGAUUUUAACAAGAAUCAUAAUACAUGUUGCUAAAUCUUUAUACAUUGUUUUUCAACCAGUACUAUUAAAUCUUUGGGACAUUUUACUAAAAAUCGAGGUACUUGCAGUGCCAUACUUUGUAAAAAAAUAUUUUGUCAGAGCGGCCGAAAAUUAUCCAAACAGCACAUGCUUUUCUUCAUCUAUCGUAUAAAGAAUGCAAAACUUCGGAAUAAUUGAACUUAUUUCCGGAUAUUACGCAGUAAAUGCAGAAUAUAAACAAACAUCAACUGCCAUUUCAAAUUAAUAGUGAACUGUCGGAUGAAUUUUGACAGGUAAAUGAACCAAAACAACUUGUAUUUUCAUGGUCACUAAUAUUACAAGUGCUAAUAAUAUUAGUGGAAAAUUGAGCCUUUAUGCAACACAAAUUAUUAGCACUUAUAAUAUUAGUACUUGUAACUUGUAACUUGUAGCUAAUAUUAUUAGCCCGAUUAUGCUACAGGGCCCUGGUUUUCUGUCGCGUCCGGGUGAGUCUAUCAGUGUGUUAUGCAUACCGUAUCGUUUGACAGCAUUUUUUUUUUACUUAUUCGUUUAUUUGGAAGGCUCGGGCGCAUGACAGCAUUUUGGACAGAAAAAACGCUAACACCUCCAACUUUUGCUAAUUUUCUUAGCGAUAAUCAUUUUUCAUAGCAGUACCUGGUCACAAUCGAUUUUCGCUUUUCAUCCGUAAACACUCGCGUUGCUCCACUUGAGGAAAAACUUUAACUUUUAAUGAAGGUUAUCUUUUGUUUACAACGCUAGCAACACAUAAACACACAGCAGUUGUCAAAAUAAGACUUAGUCUUUUUAAUACAGGGCCUUAAAGGUGUACUCAUAAUUAACGAUACAGUCCUUAUGAUGAAUAUUGUGUACUUAUUAGAGACAUCUUUUCUCGUAAAUAUCGCCGAAAAUUAUGUAAUAAAAAACCUAUACUCUUAAAUAAUACAUACUUGUCGAAUUCUUGUUUCUUUUUGCCGAGGUCAGCACAAUCAAGUAAUGUUUUCAUGCCGAAAAUCAGUAUAACAGUCUCAUAUUGAUUUAAAUAUAAAUCAACACUCAGAUAGCCCAGUUCGGAAAGUAAAAAUAAGUGUACACAUAAAGACAUCGCUCACGCGGAUAUAAUUACAUGUUAUACAUUAUUUUCUUAAAUAAUUAAUUCAAUAAUCUCAAUCUUGUACAGUUACACCAGAUUUUUUUUGAACUGGUCGGUUUUUGCUAUUACAACAGGAUCAGAUCAAAACUAAGUUAUAGUAAAAAAAACGGCCCGCGCAAAACAAAAAGCGGGUGCAUUUUAUCUUUCCGCUCUUAUAGAUGAAACGAUCAUUUCACUACCCACAUCCAAAGAAGCGCUUCAACAUACAAACGACUUCAUCGAUCAAAUCACGCGAGUCGUUGAUGCGCACGAAAUAGGCGAAAAAGGAUGUGAAAACAACAUGCGCACCCUCAUUGAAAACCUCAUGCACUAUGGCCUAUCAAACAUCCCUCUUCUCAUCUCAUAACUUAUCGCAUCCGAUCGCAUCUCACCUUACCCACUAUGGUCACAGCCUAAAGUGAAAUGAAUUCGAAUGAACACUGCCAUUCGGAGGCAAAAAAGUGAGAAAACUGUUGGUUUGGGAACAGCAUCCAUCGUUCGCAUGAAUCGGGGAACCGGUGGCAUGUAGUUUCGAAGAGUCGAGCAAGAGAGAGCUGCGCAAGGCUGGCUCUCGCAUGCUCUUGUUAUAUGGUUUCUGCCGGUGGAUGGCUUGGAGUCGUCUUUCGUUCUUCAUAAACCGAGAACGAUGUUUGCGCCUUGUGUGCGUGCAAGUUGUUAUGGGGUAUGUGCGGUGGGAGUUUUAAACUUAGUUUAUUCUUUUGGUAUAUCUACUUGAAGAUUGUUUUACGAGUUUUAUUCUCAUCCUUAUGUUCCAAGAACAGGUCGAACAUGUGGACGAGGCGCCUCUGAGAGGAACACCGGAAGGAAUCGCCGAAAAUCUUCAAGAGGAAAUCUUUAGAGAAACUUUUGUGGAGAUUGUGGCAAAACGCUGGAGGGACUCUUAGAAAAAUCCCACGGGAGCAAUAACGAGAAAACCUCAGGAAGAAAUUGUGGAUGGAAAAUUAUUUAGGAUACCCGUCGUAAAACUCUAGGAGAAAUCGGUUGGAAUUAAGGAUUCAUCGAAGAUGUACAAGGAAGAAUCCUGGAAAGAAUUGCUGGAAUCUUGGAAAAAUGCUGGUAGGAAUUCGAAAGAAUCUCCGGGAGGAAUUUAAAAAGGAAUGCCAAGAAAUAUGACUUGAAAAAAUACGGAAGGAAACUUGUGACAAAUUCUGGGAAGCACUCCAAGAUAUUUUUACAUAAUUUCCACUAAGAAACCUUGACGAAAUUUGUGGAAAAUUCUUGUAGUGGAGUGUAUUGCUAGAUUUUCACCUCCAGAAUUAUCAACAUGGAAUGGGUGGCGAUGGCAUGGAAUGGCGUUCACAUGGAAUUAGCAUAAUUUUAUUGGAAUCGGUGGCUUGCCGAAAACAGCUACUAGAUCUAGGAGUUCUCCUCUUGUUGCUCUAGCGCGGUUACCUGGACUCCUUGAUCAAGCUUCUUUUUUUCGAAUAAUUAUCCGGAACGGAAUCAUCAUUUCAACGUUUUCACGGCACCACAAGCUUCCAGUCAGACCCGUCAGCACUACGGGAAAAAUAUUUGUUUACACAAUUCUUACUUCAAGCAUGCAGUAAAAGUUUAUGUUCGAAAGAAGUAAACACUACAUAUUCCAAUUUUUUAAUGCCAACAAUGUAAACUCUUUGAAAUCUACUUCAGAGCAGAUUUAGAAAUAGAAAAAUUAGUUUAUCAGAGCAAAAUUUCUCUGAGUGUUCAAAAUAUUCCCUGAGGAUUCCAGGUUUUAAGUUUUUUUCCGGGUAGUAGACACCCUGUGCUGAAUAUGAAAAACUUAUUGAUAAAUAUUUGAAAAAUCUGGUUUUCCUUUUUUUAAGCAUAGAUUACUCUUUAUAAUUUCAUUGCUUCUGUAAUGUAAGGCAUCUACAGGUAAUUCAGUUUAUUUUUCCUUCGGUCCAUUAGUACAGUAUCUAAUAAUUAUUAUAAUGUUGAAUCUACUGACAUUUUACCCAUGAUUAUUUCCAUCUUUUAAAAGUACGCUGUCCUUUCUAGUUUCAUUGGCAAUAAUUGUUGAAAAAGGUAAAAACAACAGAUCCAUUUUCAGUUUCAUAACUGCCAAAUUGCAAUUCGUCCUGCUGACUAUUCGGCAUAAUUAAUGACUUUCUGUCUAACUACGCAGCAUCACUCCCAGCUUCACACUCAUCAUCACAGUUUUGUGUCUUUCGCCCACGAAUCACCAGACCAUUCAAUUUAAUUUGGUUUUUGUUUAGGGUGACGAUGGGCAUUAUCAGCAGGAUUGUUCUCUUCGACAUGAUGGGUUUUUGUCGGCCAAAUUUCCUGAAACUUGGAAGUAUAAUUCAACUUAGUUGGGAAGAAUUUGUGGCCGAUUCUGAGGUUCAACAGAGAACAAAACUGCCGAAAAUACUUAAUUUUCCCUAUAUUCACUUUAUAACACGGAUUUUUUGGGUCUCAUUCUGUCUAUCCAGUAUACACUUUGUUGUUGAACCCAAUUGUGUUGGUCUGCUGGUGCUGCUGCUACACAACUGCAGACUACGAGUCAUACCAAGCAGUGGCGUCUCGUAACCUCACUUUUUACCUGUUCAACGACCCUAAAAAUAGCAAUUGCAGAACAUUUAGGAUCAAAAUAAAGUUGAAAGUUGGUAUGAAUAUAUAAUCUCUUCAUCUUCUACUCAUUACAAGCUAAUUUGUUCAGAAAAUUCAAGAAUUCACACUCGUUGAACAGGUACGUUUGAGGUUAGGGAAUCGCCACUGAUACCAAGGCAGGCUCUAUGAGUAAUUGGAUUGGCUACCGUUCAUUAUCGGCAAUGCUACCACCGGAAGUAUUAUGGCACUUUGUUUUCCGAAACACAGAGAGAGAUAUGAAAAUAAGUCGACACCAUACAAUUCAUCUGACAUUCUUCUUCAUAGAAGAAAUAAUUACCACACAGAUGAUAGAUGGCAAAAUCUAAAAUUCGAAUUGAAUACAAUUCGCACAAACUUCCUCUCAUUAACCCUAACCGCAGCUAAGUAGCUUCCGAUAUUGAUCUGUACUGUCCCGUUCUGACAUAUUAAGUUAACUACACUCUGGGCGAUCGCUGCACGCCGGAGUUACAGUGACGGGCAACACGAUAAGAACAUCCCAGUAUAGAAUACCGAAGAUGUUUAGCAGCACGCUCACCAUAUGAACAUUGAAUUGUUCAUUUUAAAUUGCAUACAUACGAGUAGGUUUGUUUCCAUUGUUUCGUCCACCACUGUGGGUACUACUAAUCCACAGUUGUGGAGUGUCAGCAGCAGGAAGCAGUUGACCUUCCGUGCGAUUAUUGAACGUUGUUCGUUCGUUCAUUUGUCGUUCCCCAACGGCAUAGGUACGAGUACGAUUGGCAAUGACUAAUGAUGGCGGCAGUCAGUGAACGGGUAACAACAGUAUAACGACAAAAUCACCAUAAGGCGUGCAAUCACUUGGAUUUCAUCGGCGAAGUAGACGACGACGACGAUGACAACGUGAGGUGACUGGUUUCCGAAGUGUCGGUCGAUUCGCAUACCCACAUAACGGAAAUGCGACUAUAACACCGGUUCAAGUUAACAGCAAGCAAGCGAGCAGCACAGUCUAUGUUUGGGCGCGUGCGCUUGACUCGUCACCGUCCGUGGUCGUGGGUCGCCACCACAUGGAAGUGUUGAACCGGGUUUGUUCAAUGUCAAUCAAAAAACCACAUCCAGGCAGUGGUAAUCUGUCCUUGACGGGAUGAUUUGUGAGGUUUGCGAAAAAGUAACUGGAUUUUUGCGAUCGAGGUGAAAGGUUUUAGCUUUAUUGAUGCUCAAAUUUGGUAAUGAGGCUUACGUAGAAGGCUUCCUACUGGCUAUAAUGUGACUCCGAUAUAGUCACUGAUGUUUCCUCUGUGAUUUUUUUUUUUGUGAAAGGCUACUAGUCGUCCGCUGAAUAGCACUAAAACCUCUAAACUAGGCCUUGGAUAGGACAGAACGUAAGGUAAUCCUUCUGAUGCAGCUUCCCAUAAGUGCAUGGAUUGUAUGCCAUUUAAAAAGACACUGUUGCAAACUGAUCCUGAAGAUUACGGUAGAAAGUUUGAUUUUUUUUUCUAGUAAAGAACAUGUAAUUUUUUUAGGUCAAGUCUUGCCAAAUUGUCAGUUAUUUACGUGGAUGUUCAAACUCAGCGUCAAGUUUUUUGUGUUAUAGAUUCUUUCAAGGAUUCCUCCACAAGUAUUCCAAGGAUUCGAAAUUCCUUAUUCGAUUUCUUCCGGGAAUUUGUUCUAAUCUAAUCUAAUACAAACGUAUCCUGAAAAGUUAACAGGUUAGAUUAGGCCCAAUCACUUUUCAUGUCAAUAUUGAGGCUUGUGGCACAUCAAAGAUAUAAUGCAAGCGUAAAGGCGGCCAGACCCACUGUGGUAUAUUUGCCGCAAAUAGUAUUCUUCGAAAUGUCUCGAGUUUGAACAUUUUUUUUUAAAUAUAUGGUAUAAAAGUAUGUGUGAAUAAUGUAACUGAAUGUUACAUGAUGAAUAAUGAAAAGCUUUCACCGAUUUAGCUUGUUGCGGUCCGAAGUUAAUCAUCUAAUUUUGAAACUAUAGAGUAAUGCGCGGCAAAAGUUCGCACGGGGCAAAAGUUCGCAGUGGGUCUUUUUCUGAGCACGAGUUAAGAACCCAAACAACUCUGUAUGGGUUCGACACAUAAUCAGGUCAGCAACUCGUCAAUAAAAAUUGGAACGAUUUCGUUAUGGUUUGGCAGAGUAAUGCGAAAAAAUGUGUUUCUAGGUGUUUUGAUAGAAUUUUUGGACCUUUUGGAAUAAGAAUUUGUUGUAACAGGAACAAGCAUGGGAAAACUCAUUCGCUCACCCGAAUGCCGACGAUGCAAAAUAGCAAAAAGAACGCCAACAACCCAAUUCGCCUUGACGGAGGCUCUCUGAGAGAAUUGCGCUUGCGUGAAAACAAUUUUUUUUAACAUGGGAAAGGAUAGGAGCUGCAUUUUCAAAUGCUUCUAAUUCUUUAUAGAAAUUUUUUCAAGCAAAACGUUCUUAAUGUUAUCGAAUGACAUUUUGAUACGCUAUAUUAUAGACAUAACAUUGUGAUUUAAAAACUUUUGUCUAAAACCAGUUAUAAUGUAGCUAAUUGAAAGUAUAUUGCAAAACAUUAACACUUUUUUCAAUCUGAAGUCCCUAAAAUAUUUUAGAAGCAUUUGAAAAUGCAGCUCCUAUCCUUUCCCAUGUUAAAAAAAAAUGAUUUCACGCACAGCGCAAUUCUCUCAGAGAGCCUCCGUCAAGGCGAAUACUGAGUGAGAGCGCGGCGCACAAAGAACGAACGAAACACGAACGACUCGCAACCGACGCCACCGAAGCGAAUCAGGAGAGAAACAAAAAGAGUGCGAAAUGAAUCAGCUUGCAUCGGUGUAUACGAAAAGAACGUUCGCUUUCUCAACUACCGAGUGGCAUUCAGUUGAUUGAAUCAAAACGCACUCACUGAUUCUAUUUCCAGUACUGAAUGCUUCCACUGAACGCUAAAUGAACGUUCCAAAGUGAAUGCUCUCGCACCCGACUCAGAACGCAAACAUUCCUUCAACAUUGGUUCGUUCGCCUUCGGCACUCACAUUCGGUAGCGAUUCAAUCGGCCGUCGUUGCUUGCGUCGCCCGGUGCUCGGCGAUUAGAAAGAAUGGGCAAUGAAAGUGGAAAGAUUUUGCUUGGCUGGGGGAGAAGCACACUCGCAUCAGAUUGUGUGUGGAUGUGAGUAGCGCCAGUCACACGAUGCAUAUAUUGAUCAAUAGUUGACCGUUUUAUGGAAACAUUGAAUGUAUAUUAUUGUUCAAAAAUAGAUUGAUAUCAAUCAUUCAACUUUUCCCCUAUCUUCCGUUUGAUCAACCACGCAGCAAUAUUUCCCCUCCAUAGCGCAUUUUACUUCAAUUUUCUCUACAAUAUUUCCCCACCUUCAAAAUUGUUACAUCAAUCCUCUCGAAGAUUGCUCAAACCAUGAGUCAAAUUAUUCCAUGGAUCAAAUGAUUGGUUCAAUAUUUCCCCUCCAGAUCAACCUUUCAAUGCAGCAGCGCGUGAACGAGAGCAUCAUCAUUGCAGAACAUUCUGCCGUGUUGCCAUUUUUCUUUUAAAUCACAUAUAUAUAAUAGCCCUGUUUGUCUGUCCGGUGAUUAGCCAACCAGACGCAGCACGCGGGGAAAUUCUCACAAAAAAAAAAAAAUUUGGCAUUUCAAUUCCUUUUCACUAUCAGAUGCACAGAACAAAAUCAGCGACAACCUUAGACAACCAGAUACAGCAUUUGAUGAAAAAAAUCACAGACAACAGACAUUGAAAAUUUAGAUUUUUUUAUAUUUGACACUUCAAUUCGUUUUUACUAUCAGAUGCAGAAAAUAAAAUCAGUGACAACCUUAGAUAACCAGACACAGCAUUUGAUGAAAAAAAAAAUCACAGACAACAGCCGUUGAAUUUUUUUUGCAGAUGCAGAAAACAAAAUCAGUGACAACCUUAGACAACUAAACACAGCAUUUUAUGCAAAAAAAUCACAGACAACAGACGUUGAAAAUUUUGAUUUAUUUUUAAUAUUUGACACUUCAAUUCUUUUUUACUAUCAGAUGCAGAAAACAAAACCAGUGACAACCAGACACAGCAUUUGAUGAAAAAAUCACAGACAACAGACGUUGAAAAUUUUGUUUUUUUUUUAGAUAUUUGACACUUCAAUUCUUUUUUACUAUCAGAUGCAGAUAACAAAACCAAUGACAACAUUAGACAACCAGACGCAGCAUUCCAUGAAAAAAAAAAUCACAGACAACAGACGUUGAAAAUUUUGAUCUUUUUAAAUAUUUGACACCUCAAUUCAUUUUUACUAUCAGAUGCAGAAAACAAAACCAGUGAUAACCUUAGAUAACAAGACACAGCAUUUGAUGAAAAAAAUCAUAGACGUUGAAAAAAUUGAUUCUUUUAUCGCAGAAAAAAAUCUGUCACUCUUAGGCAACCGAAUGCAGCAGUUACUGGAAAUAAAAACCAGUGACAACCUUAAACAACCAGACACAGCAUUUUAUGAAAAAAAUCACAGACAACAGACGUUGAAAAUUUUGAUUUUUUAGAAUGUAGAAAAAAAUGUGUCACUCUAGGACAACCGAAUGCAGCAGUUGCUGGAAAUAACACAGAUAGCCUGUUUGUCUGUCUGGUGAAUUCACCGAAGUUUUUCAGAUGUAAAUAUAAGCUGCAUUGAAUUCACCGAAUAAAAACACCUUUCAGUAGUAAUUUUGUAAUUUUCCCAUGGGCUGUCCAAAAACUUUUCGUAAUAAAAAAAAACAUAUGUACAAUACACUCCUGAUCAAAAAUUUGGGGUCACCCCCUCAAAAACAUGUAAUUUUUUAGGCCCAUAUCUCCGCCAAUUUGCGCCCGAUUUCAAAACCAUAGGUCUGAUUCAAAAGAUAAUAAGUCAAAAUAACUUUGAACAUGAUUCAGGUGAAACUUUCACAAAAAUGUUUGUAUGUAAACUUAACCCAAAGUUGCCAAAUGUUCUAAUAAAUAAACAUGAACUUACGGCAGUGUCGCUGGAAAAUGGGUCCACAAAAUUUCAUGAUGAGAGCGGUACAUAAUAUAACCUAUUUUCUAUUAGCUUUCAACUGCUUUUUGCCAAACUUGGCUAAAAAAUCUAGAAAAAAAAGUUAUUAAAUAAAUUACCUCUUGAUGCUAUUGACCAAAAGAUUGGGGUCACCACUCCUCAAUAUGAUGUAUCAGCCAAAAGUUUGGAGUCGUAAAACAAAUGAUUUGGUGAUAUCUUCGUUAUCUUUAGUUCAAUUUCAAUUCGUUUUGGAUCAUUUCAAAGAAAAUUAACUAAAUUAACGUAUUCAACGAUUUUUAUAUAUAAAAAUGUUAUGUGAAGUUAACACAUUUCACCACAUUGCAAAAAAUAAGGCAAUUUUACAUUAUGUUUUAGAAUCUAAAUUUAAAAAAAUAUGUGUGGUUCAAAUGUAGUAAGUACCACUUGUUAUGUUUCAAAUAAUCCAAGCAGAAUUAAAAAUGAAUGAAAGAUGGCAAAGAUAUCAACAAAUCACCUUUUUAUGUUUUACGAAAGUGAUCGCAAACUUUUGGCCGAUACAUCAUCUUGAGGGGUGACCACAAAGUUUUGGUCAAUGACAUCAAAAUCUAAUUUACUUAAAACUUUUUUUUUCAAGAUUUUUUAGCUAAGUUCGGUAAAAAGCGAUUGAAAGCUGAUAGAAAAUAGGUUAUAUUACCGCUCUCAACAUAAAAUUAUGUCGACCCAAUUUCCAGCGACGCUGCCAUAAGUUUUUAUUAAUUUUUUUAGAAAACUUAAGUUUACAUCAAACAUUUUUGUAUUUUUUCCAUUCAAAUCCAAAGUUUCUUUGACAUAUUAUCUUUUGAAUGAGAUCUAGGAUUUUGAAAUCGGACGCAAAUAGGCGGAGAUAUGAUCCUAAAAAAAUGACAUGUAUUUGAGAGAGUGACCCUAAAUUUUUGAUCGGGAGUGUAUGUUUGAAUAUGUAAUAAUGUUCAAGCUUAGAAGAAGAAUUAAUGUGAAUAGAAAAUUUAUUUAAAAAAAAUACAAUUUUGACAGAAAUGCAUUGUAUACAUUAUCUUCCGCAUUAUUGGCAUUGGGAUCGGUAGGACUGAAAACCAACCCCGCAUCCACCGACGACGACGCAUUGAUUCAAUAAAAGGCUUUGCUUUGCGAGCUGUGUACGUUUGCUAAGCAUGCACGGACACUUGUUUUUUUUUUCUCUCUUUAUGCAUUACCUUCUCUCAUACUGCCGGGAGAUUUUCUCUCUGCUCGAACCUCGGCAAAGGGGUAAUGUCGAAGAUAUUGGAUUGAUACUUGGUUUGAUCCUCGUGAUUCCAUCAAUAAUCCUUGAGAAAGAAAUAAUUGAUGGAAUGAUGGAAUAAAAGAAACAAGAAAGCGCUGCCAAAUAAACAUGUUCAAGCACAAGUAAGUUGCGUAUCGUAAAUUUUCAUUAGAUUAUUUAGAAAUAAUGUUUAAUAUUUAACAUUGGUUUAUGAUGUUUUAUAUCACAUCUUUAAUUUAUGCGCAUAUGCGAUUUUCUAGUGCUUUCAGCAUAAAAUGCUAGAACGAUAUAGGGAAACUCAGUAUAUUUUCGACAGCUUUUUCUCUUCGUCAUGGGGUGUUAUCUAAAGCCUUUAAGUUUAUCACAUUAAGCGUCACAUCUUUGCCAAUCAAACUGUAUACAAAUAGGUUUCAAGGAAUUUGGACGACAGAAAACCCUUAUGGCAAAGAGAGAAAAACUGCCAAAAAUACCCGCAGUCACUCUCAAAUCAUAUAAUUUAAUUAUCGUUUAGUAAUCAAUCUAGCUAUAGAGAAACCUAUUUUAAUAAUAACGGAUAAAGCAAACAUUUUCAAUAAUGAGCGAAACAAACAAAUCAAUAUGGCAAUAACCUCUUAUCAGUCUUUGUUUUCCAAACCUAUACACCUUUACAUAUUCACUAUGACAUUAGCAAAAAUUAAAACUUGUUUGAACGUAACUGUUAUACAUAUUGUUUAAGCACCAUUUUGUAUGAAAUAUUUUGAUUCAACGGUAGAAGUUCAUAACUUGUGUUAGAAAUUAAGAUACAUAAACCUUCUCAAGACAUUAGGAAAAAUAGCAUGAUGAAUUAGUAAAUAGAUCCACUAUUUACCAAUUCAUCAUAUUUAUCCGAAAUAUUGGGUUCAAUAAAUAAGAGUUUAUGAAUGCUUACAAAAAAAAUCGAAUUUGGCUUGCUAAAUGACCAAAAUUAUCAAAAUAUUAUUUUUUCAUAAUAAUUAAUGGAACUGAAUAAGCAAGCGAAGCAUCGAAAUUGGCACUUUCUCAAUGAUCAAGUCUUUAUAAUAUUAACAAUGCAAAAACGUGACACUUUAUUUCUAGAAAUUUGCUUUCAAAGCAUUCCAUAAAAUUCAAUUGAACUGGCCACCAUGAACGCCGUGAACCACGCGCUGAACGUUGGUGAAUUGCUAUCUCUUCCUCACUGAUGGAAUGGUCUUCGCUCAAUCUGCUGACUCUUUUACCCUGCUGGGUUGAUCGAAUGAAACAACUUGAGGGGAAAGUUUGACGGACUUGAAUGAUCUUGAUGGACUGGAUGAUAGUGGUGGUUGGAUCAAUCUUUCGGAGGGGAAAUAUUGAGGAUAUGAACAUCAACCUCAAUCCUCGCUUUUGCAGGUUGAUCAGUAUUUAUAUCAAGAUUCAAUAUUAUCAUCCAUCUUCUCCGCAAUAAAAAUGCAAGCAAUACAUUUAGCAAUAUUUCCAUCAAAUUGUGUUUCUUGAUGAAGUUGAAGGAAAGAUUGAACCUCUUGGUUGAAUCAACUUAUUGAUAAGUGUAAAUGGCACUAGUGAGGGAUAUGCAAUAAAUAAAUGAUUUUUUCCCAUCCUUGAACAGGAAGAAGAAGAAUCUCAUAAUCUCUUGAUGUCGGAGAACUGUUAUUCCAUAGUAGUUCGCGAGAUGCACUCGAAUAAACAGUAAACUCUUAGUGCUUCUUGCAGAAAGGGACAUUGUUAAAACCUCGACAGUGGGGCAAAAGUUCGCAGUAGCUGUGGGGCAAAAGUUCGCACUAGAUUUCUGAGUCUUGUAUAUCAAUAUAAUUACAGAAUCUUUAAAGCAAUGAUAAUUUCGUAUAGAAACUACUAUAUAUGCAUAAUAUGUGUAGUAUGCACCCUGAAAUCGUUGCGGCAAAGGGUUUUAACUCACUUUUGUAAGAAGAUUGAUUGUAAGGCAUACAUUAUGUUCACACAUUUAAAUCAAUAAAUGAAAAUAAUUGUAAUUGUAAUUGUAAUUGCUCAGUCCACACCCAGGCCGACAACUGUCAGCCCAUCUGCUUGUAGGCAGAUGUGGACCUACUAAGCCUCCCCCGUUAACAUGUCCUACACCGAAUUAGCACACCGGGAUCUUCCACAGGCAGGCGCUGGCGUUACCAGUCCCAACAAGUGUCAGAUACAUUGAAUAGAUGGGGUAGAGGAUAUAGGAAGAUGUGGGAAGAGGCAGAAAAUGAAGAGAUAGUAGAGAGGUUUCGAUUUUGUUGCUGAAACGAAAAAAAGAAAGAAUGAUAAAGAACAUUUAGCGAUAUGUUCAUAGAUAAUGAUUCGGUCGAUAAUUUCUCAUCUAUUUUGAUUCCAUAUCGUUGCAUCGGUGACCAUUUUCAUCGCCUUUCUAGUUUUUUUAGGGCCAUCUCGCGUUUUUUCGUCAUGUCCUCUUUGCCGGUUGGCGACGUUCGGGAUGUAAGUAGAAAAGCAUGCAUUUAAUAUGAUUAGUACGACAGUAAUUGUGAUUGCUCAGUACUUCCAGCCCAUUUGUCCGCAGUACAUAUCAGGCAUCCCGUUUUAACAAGUCCUACACAGAAUUAGAAACCCGGAUCUCCCACAGACAGUCCUAACUAGUGUCAGAUAAGUUCAAUUGAGGAUAGGAAGCGGCAAAAUGAGAAGACAGUAGAGAAGGUUUGGUACAUUGGUAGCUGUGUUUAUGUGAUGUUUGUCUGACAUUGAAAAACAAUUUUCCGUAGGUGUUUAACUCUCUACUCCAAAUUUAAUACCGGAAAAAUAUCUGAUCAGAUGUAUAGUUUGGCAAUUCUAUGUCCAUACAUCUUUUAUCAAGAAGGAAUACUGUUGUUUACUGUUAUAAAAUAAUUCAGUUAAAGGGCAGCUAAUGCAUUGUAAUUCAGAAUAAACCUACAGAAAAUGUCCCAAUAAAAAGUUAACAAUAGUUCAACUAACUACACAAACUAAAAAGUGUUAUUAUAUUUUACCAAUGAUUUCAUCCUAAUCUUGACCCUAACAUAGUUAUGCGCUUAGUGUAAGUGGACGCCGCUUAUGAUUUUGGUUGGACAAUGACCAAAAAUAGUGUUGUUUCGACAAUAGUCACACACUAUGCCCUACGACAUUGACGAUACUAUUGUCUAUGGCUCACCUAUUUAGCGCCACCCAGCAGGGACUUGGUCUGGUACCCAGUUCAGUAUAUCCGCUCCACGUAAUGUACCAUACCUCUUUCGAUUUGUGAUAUAUUACGCGGAACAUUACUCUCUUCAUUCGGAUAGCGGCUAUGUAACCCAUUGGAUUAAAAACCUCCAUCAAACAUGAAGCGAUUAAUCGGAGACUGAAGACUCUAUACCAAAUUUGGCUCAGAGACAGGUAAUCAGUGAGGUCAGUUUUUCUCGUUUGUCAGAGACGAUUGAUACGUAUUAAGACAAACUUUCCACUGCAUCUACCAGCAAUAAUCGGUGAUCGAUCAACAUUUCGAGUACCUACCCUAAUUUACACAAGAAUGCCAAGGAUCACCGCUCAUGCUUUACAAUACAGUUGGAAAAACUAGAGUUUGUAAAUUCACAGUUAUAAUUCAUCACCAUACUGACGGGGAUAAGAUUCGAUUUCGGUCCCGUUUAACAGUUUUGCUGCAUAUUUGAUUUUUUUCCAUGUAUUUUGUGCAACACGUAUCGCUAUGAUUACCCCACAAUGUAUUUUGACAACUUCAGUAACACUGUAAAGAACUCUUAGUUAAUAGUUGUGGACUUCUUCAUAAAACACACUCUAUACAAAAGCUGAACACCAGGUCGUAUUCCAGUUGGGCCGUAAAGCUAAGAACAGAAAGAAACAAAUUUCAUGGCUAGAGUAAAAAAAAACGAACAUGAAUUAACAUGAAAUAAAUGAACAUCACACCAAUAAACUACCCUGUACAAGGUGCGAACUUUUGCCCCGCAUAAUGCGAACUUUUGCCCCCACUACCUAUGGGGCAAAAGUUCGCAUUUGAGUACUUGUUUUAAAAAUUGUAUUACUAAAACUACAAAAAAGACGCGAAAAAAUCUAGUACUACGUUUUGAAGGCAACAUGAUAGAGACUCGUUUAACGAAGAAAAACGAUAUUGUUUUCUUUUUGUUCAAUAGUUAUUUUGUGAAGUCUGUUAGGUGCGUACUUUUGCCCCGCAUUACUCUACAUAUUCCACGCGAGUCGUGAGACCGCGAUACAAGACACUAAUAUCUUCAUAAAAAUAUACUCGGUCAGCGUUCUUCUUAUAAAAUGAUGCAUACACGGGACAAUAAAAUGAGAACUCGUAUAAAAUAACUACUCUUACUGAUUUUCUUCUAUUAGUUCACUUGUCAAGACCUAACACGACAUCACAAAUACGAAAUCAAAUUAAAUUCCAGUUGAAAUAUUACACUUUCUUUGACAACCAAAACCAAUCACUUUGCCAGACAAAAACGAGAUCCGGCACUUUCGAAUUCCAGCAAUUUAUUCGAUUUCCUUUAAGAAUUCUUUCUUUCAUUUCUAUUUCUUUCCGCUAGGGAUUUAUCCCGGGAGUUCUACCGGAGCUCUUAAGAUUCUUUGAGAGACUAUGUACUGGAAUGGAAUUGCUUCCGCAACCCAUCCUCGGAUUUUUUUUAUUGAUUAUUUGCAUUUUUUUUUAUCAGUAGGUCGGCUCCAGAGGCACGUUGUUCUUCAUUUGGGACAUUUGUGCCAUCGCCAUGAACAGAAGCCUAGAUUCAUUAUUUACCUGAGAGAGAAGGGAAGGAAAAAAAGGAAGGGACAGGGAAAAGGACAGGUAAGGGAAUAGGAUCGCAUAAACGUACAAGGGCACUGUAAUAACGGAAAAGCGUAAAGAGGGCCUAUAGCUCUUUGCCACAGAUUUAGGUUUCUAAAGUCAAUUUCACUUAAUAGGGUAAUUUUCCAAUUGUUGCACGGUUAAAAAUUCGCCAAUUGUUGCACACCUCAUAAGAAUAACAUGGAGUGUGCAACAAUAGUCGAGUUUUUAGCCGUGCAACAAUUAGAAAAUUACCCUAAGUGCUUACCGAAUACUCGGAAACGCAGUUGCGCAAAAGCUGGACAGUUACAUAUAAAAUGAUACGAAGUUCCAUAAUCGGAUUCACAGCUACCACAUAUCGCGUAUCGUAUUCGUAUCGUAUUCGUAUCGUAUUCGCGAUACGUAGUAAAAUAAGCGGUUUCCGAAACGAAUGGAGUCAACUCAAACUAUAGCCGAAAUUCAGCAAAAGUUAAUGUAACAAGUAUUGUUUACAACUGACAUAACCUCAAAGUGAACUUCUUCCGUGAUUGCGAUGCCGCAAAGUCAAUAAAAAGUGCAAAAUCGUCAGCGUAGUGUUUACAUAUCACAGCAUGGGAAAGGAAGAAAAGUGCGGUCUGUGCGGCUGUUUUGAUCCCCCCGCGAAGGGAAAGGUGAAGAAAGGGAAGAAAGUCCAACAAGUAGGCUGGAUCUGUUGUGACAAGUGCUCAGCGUGGUUCCAUCUUAGUUGUGCACGUAUCAGUGAUUCACUGAUUAGUCAUAUUCAGUGCUACACAUUUCUCUGCGAAAAUUGUGCUAUCAGAGGAAGCCUAAUGCCCAAGCAGGCAAAUGUUGCCCCCAACAGUGACGAGGUUACGCAGCUGAAAGAAUUAGUGCAGGAUCUUUCCACCAAGCUUACCAAACUCCAGGCUGAACUGGACAAUGUCCGCUCCACUAGUAAGAAGCAGAUAGAUAGAAUCCAGUGUAAGGUGAACAACGAAGACCAACUUGAUAGCAAACGUACAGCCCAAACUGCCCUAAUCAACAACAUCGAAGCCAAACUCGAAAUUAUCGAAGCAGGAGCUAGAAUGGCAAGCAAUUGUUCCCAGUCAACGAACUGCUUUAGACUUGCCAUCAAUAAAAUACCUUUUCGGGAGGGUGAAAAUGUUCGCGGUAUAGUUGAAGAUGUUCUUGGGUUUCUGGACAUGAAGGAGGCUUUGUCUAACGUAUCAAAUUGUUUCCGACUUCGGGUCAAGCCAUCGAAGUGGUCAGACAGAACUAUUUCACCGACUAUUGCUGUUAUUUUCGACAGUCGUAUGGUACGUGACAAUGUUCUGAAGCAAUACUACGACAGGCACAAACAAGCAAAGCUGUGUCGUCUGAAACAUGCUCCUGCGCUUGAGUAUCGUUUCACCAUCAACGAAAUGCUUUCCGUUCAAACCUUCAGGACCCGUAACCUGGCCCUUCGCCUGAAGCAGAGGAAGGUUAUCAAAUCGGUAUUCGUACGGAAUGACAGAAUCGCUAUACUUCUUCCAGGCAAAGAACGGUACACUCCGGUCGAGAGCUCUAGUCACCUUCUCGAACUCACUGAUAGUACGCGCUGUGAACAGGAAGACUCGUCUGUUUUCUUUGACGCCUUGUCGGCGAAUAUGUCAACCUCCUCCCGUAGCUAAAUGUUCACACUACCCUGCUGACGAUUUUUACCUAACAUGUCUAGAAACCAAUACUCCAAUCUACGUAUUGGCCAUCUCAAUGUCCGUGGGCUAGAACAUCACAUUGAUGGCGUAAAACUACUACUUGACAGCAACCAGUACCACGUCUUCGCAGUAACUGAAACCAAGCUUAAAUCGUCUAGUCCGGUCGGUCCUGUACGCAUCCCCGCCUACAAUUUCGUCAGGCAUUCACUACCAUGUAGAAGAGGUCGUGGAACAAGAGCCUGUGGUGGAAUUGGAAUUUACGUUCGCAAGGGUAUAAAAGCCACACUAGUUGCCAAAUCUGUCUUCGAUCCGGCGAUCCCCGUUAGCCAUAGGAUAGAAUUUCUUGCAAUCCAAUUCAGGAUCAACGAGCUAAAUAUCUGCGUAAUGUCUUUUUACAAUCCGCUUUGCACAAAUCCCCAUUUCAGUCAGGUUUACGAAAAAGUUCUUAUCGAUUUGCUUGACUUCGGAUUCGACAAGCUGUUUAUUGUAGGGGACUUCAACAUCAACGUCAAGUCUUCCCAACCAUCGUUAAAUCUAACAGCACUCAACCGCAUAAACUCAACGUUCAAUCUCACGAUUCUACCAACGGGCCCCACACGUAUAACCGAAAACACUGCGACGACAAUAGACCUGCUGAUUGUAGACUCACCGGAAAAUGUGAUCAAAUCAAAAACAUCGACUGCAAACACAAUUUCCGAUCACGAAGUGGUCUACCUUCUAGCCAACGUGAGGAUACGCCGACCAAGUCCCCAAACCAUCAAAGUACGAAACAUGCAAGCCAUCGACCCUCUCCGGCUACAAGCGGAUUUUCAAGCGAAGGAUUGGGGGCCUUUCUAUGCUGCUGAGGAUGCGUCGACCAAAGCCGAAUUCCUGACGUCUGAGCUGAAAACCCUGUUACAACAUCAUGCUCCGGAGCGUACGCUGGUGGUACGGGAUAAACAAACACCCUGGAUAACGGAAGAAAUCAAACGAGCGAUCGAAAUCAGAAAUUUGGCGUACACUCUGUAUUCACGCAACCCAAACAGGAUUCGUGGAGAUAACCAGUGGUUGGACUACACCAUGAAGAGAGACAGGGCGAACUCUCUUAUCUACACAGCAAAAAAGCGGUAUGCCGAGAUGCAUUUCGACCAUACCUUGCCAGCGAAGAAGCUAUGGAGCAACUUAAGGAGAGAAGGGGUUCACAACAAUCCGAAAAAAGGUACACCUGCAGAAAAUAUCAACCCUGACGAACUAAACGUUUUCUUCAGUGAAGGCCACAGGCACCUACAAAAUAGAACACAGUUUGAUACAUUGACUGAACCACCCCAUCGUACUGCUGUUGAUCGUGGAGAGCCACGUUUCGACUUUCGUCACACGAACGUGGAAGAAAUCUGUCGUAAAAUCUAUGAAAUCGAUACUAACGCUACUGGCUCAGAUGGUAUAUCGAUCUCCUUUAUUAAGCUCCUAUGUCCUUACAUACUACCCACACUUUGCCAUCUUUUCAAUUCGAUCAUCGACUCCAAGUCCUUUCCGCCCUGCUGGAAAAAAGCGAUUAUUACACCGAUCCCCAAAGUUUGUAAUCCUACCCAACUUAAAGACUUCCGGCCUAUCAGUGUCCUGCCGGCAAUUUCGAAAAUACUGGAGAAGAUUUUGCUUGGACAAAUCACAGAGCACAUCAACAAUCCUACUUCCCCACUCUUAGCAAGGUUUCAAUCGGGAUAUCGUAAAGGAUACAGUACGACCACUGCCCUAGGGAAGGUAGUCCACGAUAUCUACGACGGUUUUAGCAGAAAUCAUUGCACAGUUAUGGUGCUAGUCGACUUUUCCCUGGCAUUCAACUGUGUAAACCAUCGGAUCUUGAAAGCAAAACUCCGUGAUGAAUUCCGUUUCUCCCAAGCUGCCUGUAGCCUGAUAACAUCGUUUUUGGAACGCAGGAGACAAUCUGUUCGAAUGCAUGACGGGAUGUCCGAAGAACGUGAUGUCGUUGACGGUACACCGCAGGGGUCAUGUUUGAGCGCUUUACUGUUCAGCAUGUACAUUAACAGCUUGCCGUCAUCUCUAACAUGUAGCCAUCAUCUUUAUGCCGACGACCUUCAAAUAUACAUUUCCGGACCGGCAAGUGACAUCGGCGCACUCGUCCAAUCAAUCAACGAAGACCUCGAGGCAAUAAACAACUGGGCUAGCAUAAACAGGUUGUCUCCUAAUCCAAAGAAGACCCAAGCUAUAAUUUUUAGCAAAGCUGGGACUGUUACUCCCACUACUGCUAUUACGUUUUGCGGUGAAAUAGUGCCUUUGUCCACCAAUGUGACAAACCUCGGAUUGCAGCUAGAUAAUAACUUAUCAUGGACCCACCAAGUUAACGACGUGGUAAGGAAAACUUACAACAUCUUGCGUACUUUUCGUAGAUUCGCUCCAGUGCUUUCAUUGCCCACGCGGAAAAAGCUGGUUCAAGCCGUAAUCGUACCCGUCUUCACAUACGCCGAUGUUGUAUAUUAUCCCGGGCUUGCAGCUAGCCUUAAAGAACAACUUCAUAGGUGCUACAAAUCGGCUGUGAGGUUUGUGUUCAACUUGCGACGUAGGGAUUCAACUGCAGCAGUAAGAAACUCGAUCCUUGGACAUGACUUGCCGUUCAACUACCAGCUACGUAUCUGCGCGUUUAUGAGGCAGGCCUACUACAAUGAACAACCUGAGUACAUUCUACAGCAUCUACAGCGUGGACAACUAGAACGGACUCGUUGUUUUAUUAUCCCCCGACACACAACAUCAAGUGGAAAAAGCCUGUUAGUAUAUGGUGCUACCUGCUGGAAUGGGCUAUCGCUCGAGCUGAAACAAAAACCAACAAUAUCAUCCUUCAAAACUGUCAUGAAAAAUCUAGUUUAAGUUGUAAAAUCUACUUGUAGUCAAAUUCAAUCUCCAUUUUGUAUUUUGCUCUUUUCUUUUUGUUUUUAUUUGUUUUGUUCUAGUAGUCAGUAAUUCAGUUAAUCUAUUCCUCCUAAUGUACUAAAUUAUUAUAACAGUUGCUUCCUUGACCUGAUAUAAGGUACUCACCAACAGGUUAUCGUUAAGAAUAAAUAAACAAAUUACAAAAUUACAAAUGAAUCAGCUUGCUUAAUAUUCGCCAUGUGAUAGCUUAGUCACCACCCCUGGAGAUGGCUCAGUACAAUACAAAUUUGUUUGAUGACAUGACUUCAAACUAUUCCAAUAUUGUUUGUGCUUAGUGGCAGCCCAGGUGUCAAUCUGAAGCUUAACACAAAACUUCCGUAUCGGAAUACCUGGCUCAGGGCCAAUGAAGUCAUGUGAUGCUCCAGUGCGAGCUAAGUCAUCAGCCAUUUAAUUUCCAGCGAUGGAAGAAUGGCCAGGCACACAUACAAGGCGAACAGCAUUUGCUGAAUUCAUAUCCUCGAUAUAAAUUCGACAAGCGAUAACUAACUUUGACUCAGAGUUGACCGAAGCAAGUGCUUUAACCCUUUGGAGACUGAAUUUCCACCAUUGUGGAUGCAACCUCGCUGGUCUAGAACUCGUUUGUGAUGGUCGAUUUUCUCGGCUGGACACAUAUGACCCAUCCGUCCCCAAACGGUUACUAGCUACCUGGCUAUCUGAACAAAAGUAUACGACUUUGCCCAUUACGAGCUGCUGAAGUACUGAUUGCACUCCGCACAUAAGAGCAAAUAUUUCAACCUGAAAAAUGAUGCAGUGUCUACCAAGUGAGUAAAACUGAUGUAGCCUUAGCUCACGAGAGUGGACACCAGCAGCUGCUCGACCUUCCCAUCAGUGUAACGUACGAUGCCGUUUGAAAUACUUUUUUUCCAAAAAAAACAGAUAUCCACUCUUCCCGGGAAAGGAAUUUCGUGGAAAAUGAUCUAUAUGGAAAAUUACAAGUAAUUGUAAAAUUACUUGGAGCAAGGAUAACUUGUCCCAAUCCACCAAAAGUGGAAACAACAAGGUGUGUUGAUCUGCGGUUCACAGGAGUUUCCUCUAGUAAACCGAGUACCGAUAUGCGAUAAAUGCAAGAAAUCUCGAGAUAGAUGUGUAGUGGGGCAACAUCAAAGAGAACUUCCAGCGCUGCCGCGGGAGUUGAACGCUCCAGGCAUCGCCGUUAAGCGCAACCUUUGGAGAUGGCCUAAUUUUGAUUGGAUCGUUCCCUCGCUCUUCUGCCACCACACAAGACAUCCAUAGAGGCCGAUAUUGGCCGAACAACAGUUGUGUAAAUCCACUUGAUAUACUUGGGUUUUAGACUCCAAGUUGUGCCAAAGGUACGCCGGCAUUACCCGAAGACCAUACAAGCUUUCUUGAUUCUGAACUCAAUGUGUCCAAGAAAGCUUGGAAUCAAGAAUAAUUACUUUACCUGUUCAGUCACAUCGAUUUCAGAAAGAGACGCAAAGGUCGAACGCCAUUACGGUUUCGACUUUCCGUAAAAAGAACAAUAGAUGUUUUACUCGGAUUAACCGAAAGGCCAUAUUGGCGACACCAACCCUCAAAUACCUGAAGGGCGCUUUGCAUCAGGUCGAAAAGGGUGCUGAUGCACAUACCAACUAACAAUGUUAUUGCUGGUUGCUUUCAAAUAUAGAUUUUUGAUGCACUUCAGCUAUCACACUAUUUUUGUGCUCGGGCACGGUUGCCACCUCCGAUUUGAAAGAAUACACGGUUCACAAACUUUUUCCACGAGAAGAAACGCAAACGCUGCAUAGCUGGCCACCCGGCAACGACUGUUAGUAAGAAAAACAGAGAGAAAUUCGAACCGGAGAGUUGUCAAUGGAUGAGAAUCAAAACAAAAUCGAAAAAGAAUUAGGCAAAUCACACACCACGUGCUUAUCUGUGACAUUUCUCGACGUCAAAAUGCUGUCAGUCAGCAUGGUUGCACUUAUCAUCACACUUUUUAACCGUCACACUUUCAUACUGUGCAGUUCGAUUUGGUGUGAACAGUGCAAUAUAGGUAGUCGUCGGCAAAACCAUAAGCAAGGAUGGGAACACUCACUUGCAAAGAGUUACACUCACUUGCUAUUUUCUCUGCUCAGAAGCGUGCAUUCAAAAAAUGAUGUAUGGACGACUUUUGCUUUGUGGUUUUACCUAAAAGUUUGCCGAAUAGAGUAGGGGUCGCACACGCAUACCGAAGUCGUGACAGAGCUGCGAAGGCAACUCUCCACAAGGUGAAUGUAAAUUACACUCACCUCGUGGAGAGUCGCUUUCACAGCUCUGUUACGACUUUGGUAUGCGUGUUCAACCCCUACUCUAUUCGGCAAACUUUUUGAUAAAACCACAGCACAGAAAAAAAUGUUCAUGUAAAAUUCAGCGAAAAAUCAUGCACAUAAAGGGAAUGCUAGAGUUAGUGUAUAUUUACUUGAGAUAUCAUGUAAAAUUACGUUACGUUCGUGUAAAUUUCCGCUAAAAGUCGCGUAACCGGUUGGUGUCCAUGAUGGUUUACGCGAAAGUUGGCGGAAAUUUACACGAUGGUAAUGUAAUUUUACAUUAUAUCUCAUGUAAAGUGGCUUAGCUCUAGCAUUCCCUUUAUGUGCAUGAUAUCUCGCUGAAUUUUAUUUACAUAUUUUUUUCUGUGAAGGCAAAAGUCGUCCAUACAUCGUUUUUUGAUUGCACGCUUCUGGGCUGAGAAAAUAGCAAGUGAGUGUAACUCUUUGCAGGUGAGUGUUCCCAUCCCUGACCAUCAGUAGGAAAGCCGCUAUUUUUAAGUUGCCUCAAUAGCGUAUCUGCUACGAGAUUCCACAAAAGCGGUGACAAUUUCCUAAUGGCUGUUAGACGCAAUGUUAAGAAGUGAUAUUGGUUUUUGAGUAUUUGGUAAAUCCAAUUAGAGAUAAUUAGAGAUUUGCUUUUGAACGAAUGCUUCCUCGAUAUCGUUAACAACCCUGUGUAAAAGAGUCACAGUGGAUUUAGCAGAUUGGUAGGGAUGUUGGUUCACAUGAAGAGGCACGUUGGUCAGAUGAACAUCACGGAUGUGAUGAUCCACAAUGCGUUCUAAGCAUUUCAGAAAAAAAGAGGUCAUUCGAAUUGAUUCGAGUUGAUCAUUCCAAUCCGGAAAAUGGAUCUGAUGUGUCGCAGUACUAUUCUCAAGCUGGAGUUAGUAACGAUGGAACAUCCAGUGAGUCAUAUUGUGAUGUGACCAUCACGGUGAAUCCAUCCCGUCAGCAUAUUCAAGUCCUCACAAGCAGCAAGUGCCACGACGUAGUACAAGAGAACGCGCGCUACCGAGCGAAUUCGAACAAUCUAAAUAAAAAAAUGCAGUGGCAUACGUGGGACCGCGUAUAACUUGCGAACGGAAAGUCCGAUUUGGAUCGUCUAAGUUUUGUUCUGUUAGUUUUCGUCCAAGGAAGGUUUAUGAGGCAAAAAACAUGUUCCAUUGAAACAGCAAUCAGCAUCCAGUACUAAUUCCAAUGCAGCUAAAAUAGGCCCUGUGCCUGAGAGCGGUGGUAUUCGCCAAUCAGAAGGUUAGUGUAAAACCAGAAGAGUCAACCGAUCCACGUACACCGACUGAGGCGUUGCGAAUUCAAAACUCGAGCAAAUGGAAGAGUACUGAGCGUUGAUGGAGAAUAGUACAUGGAAUAUUAUAGAACUUCCUCCCGGCAAAAAGGUAAUCGGUUGCAAAUGGUUAUCCAAGACGAAAACGGAUGAAACAGAUCAUUACGUUUGUCAAAAGACUCGUAUCGUGGCACAAGAAUUCACUCAGAAAUUGCGCACGGAUUUUGAAGAGGUGUUUGCUCCAGUAGUUAAACAAGUUGCAUUUCGAGCAUCACUCACGGUGGUCAGUUAACGGAACCUGAAAGUCAAGCACGUAGACGUCAAGACAGCUUACUUGACCGGAGAACUAGGUGAAGAAAUCUACAUGCAAUAGACGGAGGGAUACGUUGUUGAGGACACAAGGUAUUCCGUUUAAGAUUGAGCCUACCUAUAUGGUAUUUAUAUUCCCGAAGUGGAGUAUAUCCUGAUUUAUGUAGAUGAUAUGCUCAUCGCUACGACAUGCACGAGAAUUGAAGAGAAUAUGUUCGGCCUAGUGUUCGACAUUGGAGAUUUGCGUCACUUCUUGGGUAUCGAGCUAGAGAGAACUAAGAGCGGUUUCAAACUGAAUCAAGAGGCGUACAUGUUGGAGCUAGCCAAGAUAUUCAACAUAGAGAAAUCUAAACCAUCGAAGAUUCCUCUGGAAGUCGGUUACUUACAGCAGAAGGAGCACUUCGGCUGUGAAAUCCUGGGAUCAAGUAAGCAGACCUGCGUUUCGUUGAGCUUCACGGAAGCAGAGUUCGUCGCUCUAUAGCUGAGGGUUGUCCAAGAGCUCAUUCGGAUCAAGACCCUCAUAGAAGAAAUGGGAGAAAAACUUCAAUAGCCGAUAAAGGUAAAUGAAGAUGAUCAAAGUUGUAUAAAAAUGGUCGAGAGGAGUGUUGUGAAAAAGGCGCCCGAACCAUAAGCUAAUCACAUGUCGACGUACUGCCGCAGCCAUGCAAAUUAAUCUAUCAUUGAAAGCGAAGACCAAAACAAAGUAUGGUUGCAAGACGAAUAGGGCACUGCAUGCCGCUAUUGCUAAAAUCUGAUAUUUUUUUCUAAUUUUUUGACGUUUCGGGGCCUUGUUGUUUACCGUUUACGAUUAGGGCUAAGACCCGAUUAGGGAUAAGGCACCUGAUUGAAACGAUUUGGACAGGAGCCUGGGACUGCCUCCUCCUUGUUGUUAACAUUUCGUGGAUUGAGGGCGGUCUCUUCGACCCCAUCUAUUGGGAGUAUUCUGCCAAUCGAGGGCUUGAUUUUGCAGUUGUUCUUGAGAACUUUCUUUUGGAAGGAGAUUAUUUUCCCCUGACGCGGGUUUCGCGCAAGUGUCUCUGCUUACGGGUCCGCAAAACUAAACUCUUUUUGGCCCUUCAUACAGGAAAAUGCCUGAUGACUAACAACAGCACAAUCUUGAUCAAAUCGCUUUUCAGAUUAUUCCAGUGCUAUAGGCAGAUGCCUUGCUACAAUAGAUGGUGGAACAAAAUCAUCAUCAUCAUCAUCAAGAAUUAUAAAAAAAUCAUCAGCUUUCGGACCUAGAAUAAUUUGGCCAACUUUUCAUGGGUGGUUUGAUUUGAUUCAACAUGUGGAGUUCAUGUGCGUGGUAAAGUGUGCUGAUUUAUGGUGACUCCCUGUAUCACUCCUAUUUCAGCACUUCUUUUUCGAUUCUUAUUUCUAACAAUCAUCGAGCGCAACAGUAGUGAGUGGUGUUGCCUUUUUACAUUUGUUCUAUAAACAAACAAACAAAAAUAGCACCUCUUUGUCUCGCUUCCGCUAAUGUAAACAUUUCAAGAUUAUGAAUCAUUUAAAAGCAAUUCAAGCAGUAGACUACUCUGUUUUGCUAAAUAACAAUGAAACAUGUCUCAAUAUUACGAAAAACACUGAAUUCCAUGUGUAAUAAGCUAAAAAUGAUCGAAUACUCUUAGUAUGCUCUUCUGCUGUUGAUGUUUGCAAGCCGCAGCAGUGUUGGCGGACAGUGCGGAGGAGAUUUCACAAAUAAAAAUUAUUCGCUUUUAUUACUAUCAUAUGUGAUUCGAAGUACAACAAUAAUCAUUCGAAGAAUAGUUUUCGAUUUUACGACGUAUAAUCGAUAAAAUUGAUUUGACAAUUUCAAUGAUUUUGAUUGAUUUUAUUAAUGAAUUGGCCCGCAAGAUUGACAUUACUGCGUUCAACGAUCAAUGAUUGUACGCCAGACGGCACCGGCGCGUCGCGCUGCUGCCGUCGUCGUUGUACCGUGGUGGGUGGUAAACAUUGCCAUCGAACUAUUGGUGCGGUUGAGAUAAAUUUAUAUUGGUUUCAAGUUUGAGUGAUUUUUUCUGGAAUAUCUUAAGAAAUACCUUCUGAGAUUACUUCAGGAGUUCCUAAAUUCCUUCCGAAAUUUCUCUAGGAAUUGAUUCCGAGAUUCCUCCAAGAUUUCCGGUAAGGAUUACACCAGCAAUUUUUCCUGAGAUUCUUCCGGGAGUUUCUUUCGUAGUUUCUCCACAAACUUAUUCUACGAUUCCUCAAGGAUUUUUUUCUGUGAUUCCUCAGAGAGCUCCAUUCGAGAUUGUUUUUGGUAUUCUUUCAGAAGUUCCAUCUGGGAUACUUUCUGAAAUUUCUAAAAGGUUCCUCCAGGAACUCCUUUCAGGAUUCCUUCUGAGAUUUCAAAGGAUUUCAUCCGGAAUUUCUCAAGGAGUUUCGGGAAUCCUCCAGGAAUUCCAUUCUAGAUUAUCCUAAUAGUUUCUUUUAGAAUAUCUUCAGAGGUUUGUUUUUACCUCAAGAAGGUACACUUGGAAAAUAUGCCUGGGAAUUCCAGCUAUAUCUUCCGAGAUUUCACUGGGGAAUUGCUUCUGGAAUUCCUUUCAAGGAUCCAACAGAAACUCCUUUCGAAAUUCCGUCUGGGAUUCUUUCUAUGAAUUUCAUGCGAGAUUCCUCCCGGAGUGCCUUCUGAGAUUUCUUCAGGAAUUCUUUCUGAGGUCCUUCCAGGAAUACUAAAAGGACUUUUUCCAGUGGUCCUCCAAAAACUUCUCCGGGAUUCUUCCAGGAGCUCGAUCCAGGAUUCUUUCAGUAACUACCUCUGGGAUUGCUUCAAGAAUUCCGGGAAUUUCUUCUGGGAUUUCGUUAGGAACUCCUUCGUGGAUUUCUGCGGGCUCUUCUUCCGGGAUCCCUUUGGGAACUCUUGGCGGGACUCUUCUGCGAAGUUCUUCUGGAAUUCUAUCAGAAGCUGCUUCCGGCAUUUCUACAGGAACUCUUUCCAGGAUUCAUCUAGAUAGAUUUGGUUUCCUUCAAGAGUUUCGUCUGGAAUUCCUGCAGAUCCUUCUGGAAUUCUUCCAGAAGUUCAUUCUGGAAUUCUUUCAAAUGUUUUAAUGGACGUACUCCAAGCUUUUAUUAGGGUGUAUUUCGAGAAAUUCCUCAUGCAGUUUUUGUUUGUGGCAUUCCUCAUGAAAUUCCGUUUCGUGUCCGAAACAGUUCCCACAUCAUUUCUUUGAGGAAAUACUCCAGAAAGUACCUUCUGGUUUUCCUCCAACAAAAGUUCCUGGAGGAAUUUCAGAUGGAAUUCUUUAGGAAUCUCAGAAGAAAUUAGAUAUCUCAAAAAAAGUAAUUCCUGAAUCACAUUUCACUGGAAAUAAAUAUUAGCGAACGGAAUUCAAUAGCAAAUAAUUUCGGUGGAGGUGUAUAUUCAAGCGGCACUGGGGACUGUAAAUGUAUAUCUGAGGAAUAUGCUGCUCAAUAAAAUAGGUUGAAGAUUGUAUGGCGCAAUUUUCGUAAAAAAUACUGAUAGAUAUUGGGAGGAAGGUAGAGUUUACGCUGGAGUUUGCAGAUUUGUACAGUAAUGUCGGAAAGAACUGUAAGAAGAGUUACUGUAAAUUAAAUCCGUGCAAAAAUGGCAAAAAUGUUACUCCAAAACCACAAAACUAAUAAUCUUACGCUCCCAUAUUCGUUUUAUUUAAAAAAAACAUAAUUACGUCAGCGAUGUCUUUCGAACUGUAGAACGAAUAUAGUAGUACUGUGCGUGUAAUGGAAACGAAUACCCUAUAGACAUAAAAUCCGAAUACUGCCUGCAUCAGAUCAGAUCUAAUGGAACACAUUACAAUAGUAACAAAAAAAAACACUAUCACAGGAGCAAAGCACAAUAGAAAGACAAUUUCUUCGACUACGAAAAUAAUGUUAGCCCUUCCCCAGAUAUCCAAGCACGCCCUCCGAGAGCAAUGCAUCCGAGACCGUACCACCGCGACGCAAAUGGUAGGGUACGAAUGGAACCAGGAACCGAGUCCGAAACCUGUUUGCCCACUUUGACCGAUUAGACCUGCUGCAUCCGAAAGUAGGCCUCCCACCGAGAGCGGCGGCAGCAGCAGCACGAACAAAACCGGAUUCUAUCGCCCGCCGUGGAUGCGAUGAUACCCCCUAAACAAAUCCCGCAAGAUAUUCCCCCCGGGAGAUUCAUUACGCUCUCCGAUGGUGUUUCCUCAUAAUAAU